GAGAGACCAAUUGAAAUCUUUGUUACGUUGCUCACUACAGGCAUUUGAAUUCACGGCCCAGAAUACGCAUGCAUCACAUAGUAAUCGUAACUUAACAACAAAGUUAGUACCAUUGCGUAACUUACGCAUUUAAAAAUUGUAUCCCUAUGCCGAGUAAAAGGAAGUAUUAGUCUGAGAAGAGCCAGAGGGAAUGGAGGAGAAGGGUGUUCCGCGGCUGUAAGCGACAGUGCUGCUCUCCAGCUCAUUGAGUAAACACAAAGAAAUGAGAUGAACACUGGAAGAGUUGAGAACCCAGCUUUACAACUCCUUGGUAUGGCUGGCCUACAGCUUGUACCCCCCACAUCGUCAUCUAUGGGGCCUUUCCUUGGUCUACCAUGGCAACAAGAGGCCAUCCAUGACAACAUUUACACACCAAGGAAAUAUCAGGUUGAACUUCUUGAAGCAGCUCUUGAACACAAUACUAUAGUCUGCUUAAAUACUGGCUCAGGGAAGACCUUUAUUGCAGUACUCUUGACAAAACAGCUCUCUCAUCAAAUUCGGGGAGAUUUCCGAGGAUAUGGCAAAAGAACUGUUUUCCUGGCAAAUUCAGCAUCAUCUGUGAUCCAGCAAGCAGCUGCUAUUAGGACACAUUCAGAUCUUCAGGUUGGAGAAUACACCAGUAUUGAGAGGACUUUUCUGUGGACACAGGAGAAGUGGAACUAUGAAAUGAUUGAGAACCAGGUACUUGUUAUGACCUGCCAUGUUUUCCUAAAUAUUUUGAAGAAUGGAAUCUUGCCACUAUCUAAAGUCAAUCUGCUCGUCUUCGAUGAGUGUCACCUUGCAAUUGUGGACCACCCGUACCAAGAGAUAAUGACGAUAUGUGAAAGCAAUUCAGACUGUCCCCGAAUUUUGGGUCUCACUGCUUCUAUAUUAAAUGGUAAAUGUGAUCCAUCAGAGUUGGAGGAAAAGAUUCAGAAUUUGGAGAAGAUCUUGAAAAGCAGUGCAGAAACUGCCACUGACCUUGUUGUCUUGGAUAGAUAUGCCUUACAGCCUCGUGAGGUCGUGUUGGAUUGUGGACCCUACACGGACACAAGUGGACUCUGUCAGAGACUUCUGCAUGAGUUGGAUGAUGCGAUUUAUUUUCUUGAUGACUGCAGUGUACCUGCACAUCGAGAGGAUCGAGAUCCAACAUUCAUUUCAAAACAGGUACUGAGUGAUUGCAGAGGAGUGCUAAUUGUGCUUGGCCCCUGGUGUGCAGAUAAGGUGGCAGGAAUCAUGGUGAGGGAACUGCAAAAGUAUGUCAAGCAUGAGCAAGAGGAUUUGAACCGUAAAUUCCUAUUGUUCACAGACACUAUUCUGAGGAAAGUCCAUGCACUUUGUGAAGAACAUUUUUCACCUGCAUCUUUGGACCUUAAGUUUGUCACUCCAAAAGUAAUUAGACUGCUGGAGAUCCUUAAGGAGUACAAACCCUUUGAACGGCAGCAGUUUGAGAGUGUAGAGUGGUAUAACAACCGCAAUCAGGAUAACUAUGUAUCGUGGAGUGAUUCAGAGGAUGAGGAUGAGGAUGAGGAGAUUGAGGUGAAGGAGAAGUCGGAGGCCAGCUUUCCCUCUCCAUUCACUAAUAUCCUCUGUGGAAUUAUUUUUGUUGAGAGACGCUACACAGCAGUUGUCCUUAACCGGCUGAUAAAGGAAGCUGGGAAGCAGGACCCUGAGCUUGCUUAUAUCAGCAGUAACUUCAUAACUGGGCACAGCAUUGGCAAGAAUCAUCCUCGCAACAAACAAAUGGAGAUUGAAUUCAGAAAACAGGAGGAGGUUCUUCGCAAGUUUCGUGCCCAUGAGACUAAUUUGCUCAUUGCAACUAAUAUUGUGGAAGAAGGAGUUGAUAUUCCGAAAUGCAACUUGGUAGUUCGUUUUGACUUGCCAACAGAGUAUCGUUCCUAUGUUCAAUCUAAAGGAAGAGCACGGGCCCCCAUUUCCAAUUACAUCAUGCUUGCAGACACAGAGAAAACAAAGGAUUUUGAGGAAGACUUAAAAACAUACAAAGCUAUUGAAAAGAUUUUGAGGAAUAAAUGCUCAAAAUCAGUGGAAUGCAGUGACUUUGAAGUGGAACAUGUAUUGGACGAUGAAAAUCUUUUACCUCCUUAUGUGCUGCGCUCAGAAGAUGGUGGUCCUCGAGUCACUAUAAACACAGCAAUUGGACAUGUUAACAGAUACUGUGCAAGAUUACCCAGUGAUCCUUUCACCCACCUGGCUCCGAAGUGCAAGACAGUGGAGCUGCCUGAUGGAACCUACAGAUCUACACUGUAUCUCCCCAUCAAUUCUCCACUCAGAGUUCCCAUUACUGGGCCUGCAAUGAACUGUGCAAGAUUGUCUGAGAAGGCAGUUGCACUUCUUUGCUGUGAAAAACUACACAAAAUGGGUGAAUUGGAUGAUCAUUUGAUGCCUGUUGGGAAGGAGACUGUGAAGUAUGAAGAGGAACUGGAUUUGCACGAUGAAGAGGAAACAAAUGUACCUGGAAGACCUGGUUCCACAAAACGGAGGCAGUGCUACCCAAAAGCAAUUCCCGAAUGCCUUCGAGGAAGUUAUCCUUUGCCACAGCAGCACUACUACUUGUAUGUGAUUGGGAUGGUCCUCACAACCCCUUUACCUGAUGAACUUAAUUUUCGGAGGAGGAAACUGUACCCACCAGAGGACACAACAAGAUGCUUUGGAAUAUUGACAGCAAAACCAAUACCCCGGAUUCCGCACUUUCCUGUGUAUACACGGUCUGGGGAGGUCACAAUCUCUAUUGAGCUCCAGAAGUCAGAGUUCACCCUGAAUGCUUCUCAGCUGGAACUGAUCACUCGCCUGCACCAGUACAUUUUUUCCCAUAUCCUGCGUCUGGAAAAGCCUGCAUUAGAGUUCAAACCCAAUGAAGCCGACUGUGCUUAUUGCGUCCUACCUCUUAAUGUGGCUGAGGACAGCAACACUUUAGACUUGGACUUUAAAUUCAUGGAAGGUAUUGAAAAAUCGGAAGCUCGGAUAGGCAUUCCUAAUACCCAGUACACAAAGCAGAACCCAUUCACAUUUAAAUUGGAAGAUUACCAGGAUGCAGUUAUCAUUCCAAGGUAUCGCAAUUUUGACCAACCUCACCGCUUCUACGUAGCCGAUGUCUACACUGAUCUCACACCACUCAGUAAAUUCCCCUCUCCAGAAUAUGAGACAUUUGCUGAGUACUACAAAACCAAAUAUAACCUUGAUCUGUCAAACUUAAACCAGCCGCUUCUUGAUGUGGACCACACAUCAUCAAGGCUAAACCUUUUAACACCUCGGCACCUUAAUCAGAAAGGGAAAGCACUUCCUCUGAGCAGUGCAGAAAAGCGCAAGGCCAAGUGGGAGAGUCUCCAAAACAAGCAGAUUCUGGUUCCGGAGCUGUGUGCCAUCCACCCCAUUCCCGCUUCCCUGUGGAGGAAAGCGGUGUGCCUUCCCAGCAUUCUCUACCGGUUACACUGCCUCCUGACUGCUGAAGAGCUGCGAGCUCAGACAGCAAUUGAUGCUGGUGUGGGAGUGGAAAGUCUGCCACCAAACUUCAGGUACCCAAAUUUGGAUUUUGGUUGGAAAAAAUCCAUUGACAGCAGGGUUUUUGUAUCAAGUCCCAGUGGCCGCAUGGAAGGUAGUGAUAAUAAGCACAGCACAAGCAUAGGAUCCUGCCCAUGUUCCCUACAUGAAGGCGCCACCUCAGAAAAUAGUAUGAUGAAAUACGUGGACUCUAACAGACUCAGUGGAAAGUCAAACAUUGGCUCAUUCCCUGUGGCUGGCUGUUUGCAUCAAGACAAAGAGCAGAUUAAUUCUAUCUGUGCCAAGAACUUCAGUAAUGGCACAACAGACAGCACCUGUCAUCUUGGUGGACCUGAUCAAUGCCAGUGUUCAAUGCUUGGCUCACCUGAGCGCAAAACAUAUGUACCAGCCACUACCUCAUUUCCUGUGCAGCACUCUCGGAGCACUGAGGACCAGCCCAGUCCCAGUAUUGAAUGUAUGGCAGGGUGUAACUCAAAUCUUGAUGGACGUGUUAUGCUACCUACCUCAGACUCUUGCCAGGUGGGCAAGUUGACAGCCAGCUCCACAGUGUCACUUCCUUCAGUUUUUUCCGACAUCAGCAUUCUCUCUAUCGGUGGUGCCACCCCAAAAACUCUGGGUCCGAACCCUGGUCUCAUUCUGCAGGCAUUGACCCUUUCUAAUGCCAGUGAUGGCUUCAACUUGGAGAGGCUAGAGAUGCUUGGUGAUUCCUUUCUAAAGCAUGCUAUCACCACCUACCUUUUUUGUACGUACCCAGAUGCCCAUGAAGGACGCCUUUCUUAUAUGAGGAGCAAGAAGGUCAGCAACUGUAAUCUGUAUCGGCUGGGGAAAAAGAAAGGCCUACCAAGUCGAAUGGUAGUUUCCAUCUUUGAUCCACCUGUGAACUGGCUGCCUCCUGGGUAUAUAGUGAACCAAGACAAAAGCAGCACCAACAAGUGGGAUUCGGAUGAGAUAAAAGAGGAUCUAUUAGCCAAUGGAAAAGAAGAUUAUUAUGAUGAGUAUGAAGAGGUUGGUGAUGUUGAAAAAAAUGAAGAUCUAAUAUGGAAAGAGGCAAAGGAUGAGGUUCACAUGGAAGAUGAUCUAGAGUACUAUCAGGAGCACAUCAAGUUUAUAGACAACAUGCUCAUGGGCUCUGGUGCCUUUGGCAGAAAGAUCUCACUGAGCGGCUCUCCCCCUGCUGAGCCCAGCUUUGAGUGGAAGGUCCCCAAAAAACCUCCUUUUCCCAGCACACACUUCUUGUCUGAUGCGGAUGAGUUUGACUACAGCUCCUGGGAUGCCAUGUGUUAUCUCGAUCCCAGCAAAGUGGGUGAGGAGGAUGACUUUGUGGUGGGAUUUUGGAACCCUUCUGAGGAGAACUGUGGAGGAGAGACAGGCAAACAGGCAAUCUCCUACGAUCUGCACACCGAGCAGUGUAUCGCUGAUAAGAGCAUUGCUGACUGUGUGGAGGCUUUGUUGGGAUGCUACCUUACAAGCUGUGGGGAGAGGGCAGCCCAGAUGUUCCUCUGUUCCCUUGGUCUGAAGGUCUUACCAGUGGAGAGGAGAAGUUCCAAUGACCGUGCCCUUCUGGCAGCUGGGGAAGAUGAUUAUUUAAAUGACAUGCAGUACGGCUGGCUCACGAUACCACCUCGGUGUAUGUUCGACCACCCAGAUGCUGAAGACACGCUUAAACACCUUAUAUCUGGAUUUGAGAAUUUCGAGAAAAAAAUCAGCUAUACCUUUCAAAAUAAAGCCUACCUUCUGCAGGCUUUUACUCAUGCCUCAUACCAUUAUAAUACCAUCACAGAUUGUUACCAGCGGUUGGAGUUUCUUGGUGAUGCAAUCUUAGACUACCUCAUUACAAAGCACCUUUACGAAGAUCCCCGGCAGCACUCCCCAGGGGUGCUGACAGACCUGCGAUCUGCGCUUGUCAACAACACUAUAUUUGCUUCUCUUGCUGUCAAGUAUGACUACCACAAAUACUUCAAAGCUGUGUCACCUGAACUAUUCCAUGUUAUUGAUGAUUUUGUGCAGUUUCAGCUAGAAAAGAAUGAAAUGCAAGGAAUGGAUUCUGAGCUCCGUAGAUCGGAGGAAGAUGAGGAGAAAGAAGAAGAUAUAGAAGUGCCCAAAGCAAUGGGAGAUAUUUUUGAAUCACUUGCUGGUGCAAUAUACAUGGAUAGUAAAAUGUCAUUGGAGACUGUUUGGAAAGUGUACUAUCCAAUGAUGAGGCCUCUGAUAGAGAAAUUUUCUGCUAAUGUGCCACGUUCUCCUGUUCGUGAAUUGCUUGAAAUGGAGCCAGAGACGGCAAAGUUCAGCCCAGCGGAGAGAACGUACGAUGGCAAAGUGAGGGUGACUGUGGAGGUGGUGGGCAAGGGCAAAUUCAAAGGCGUUGGCCGCAGCUACAGGAUUGCAAAGUCAGCUGCUGCACGGAGAGCUUUGCGCAGCCUCAAAGCAAAUCAACCUCAGGUUUCAAAUAAUUGAGCUAAAUACUUUACAGUUAUUUUCAAAAAUAGCCUGCAUCACACCAGGAUGAAAUGUAAUAUCACAGCUUUUGAUCAUUUGAGGAGAGGAUGAGAAUCGUUAGAAAGCUAUGGUUUAAAAAUUGUAAAUAAGGGUUAUUUUGAUUUUAAUUUUUGCGCAAACAAUCUGUCCCUCCCUCAUACAUUCUUUAAUCACGAGAGUGCUUUAUAAAGAAUAAAAAAAUGAGGACUUUUUUUUUUUUGUCAGUUCUAGCUGUCUUUUGCAUUUAACCCUGCUUUAUGUUAGUAGUUAAAGAAGCAAAUGUUGAUUAAUAGAAUAAAUUCCUCAGUCUGUGCACUAGUGCCAGUUUAACAGCAUUUUAUAAUUACUCUGGUCAUGGAGCAAUGGAGUGCUGUUUUUAUUUGAUAUUUGUUGCUUGAUUAAUUUUAUUCAUUCAGUGACAUUGAACAUUUUCCAUUGUGUUAUGUAUUUGUAUGUAAUGUGUGACAUUAAAGUACAGUACUUUUUAUGUGAAAGGCCCUACUUAAUUUCAAACAUGAAACAGAUGAGAGUUCAACGUUCCCAUUUAGUGUAUACAAAAAACUGUAGUAUUCAAGGAUGCAUGUUUGUUUAUGUAUUUUGUGACAACUGGAUAAAUUGUAACAAUAUUAUAGCUCAAAGAAAUUUACAUCUGUUUCAGUAAAUGUCUUUUGAUACAGAGAAUGAUUGCAUUUUAAGACCAUUAAACUAUCCAUUUACUAUAUUUAGUUUUGAUAGUACAAUAAUAUAUACAUCCUCUGCUUGGGAAGUAUGCUGCAAAAUUUGAAGAUGGAGAAGAAAAAAAAUAGCAUCUCUACACAUUUAUGAUACAGAAUGCUCUCUGAUUUUACUCAUCCUUUUUGUACCAAAGUUAGAGCUGUUGCAGUGCUACAAGGUUGCUAUAGGGUUUGCAUUUAUGAUGUUUUUUUUUUAAAAUUUAUUUCAUAUAAAAUUAGCCUCAAUUUUAAAUUAACUUUUCAACAGCUUUUUUUUAUCAUAGUUCACUAUGUUUUAUUUAUUUAAGUAGCAGUUGACUUUUUCACUUGAAUACCUCAUUUACCUGCAUGCUUUUUUGUUUGUUUGGUGCUAUUUUGUAUUAAGCUUGAAUUUCUCAUCUUUUUUGCACUGUAACUAUAAUACCUCUUUUGGAGUCUAUUGGAUUAACUCUCCUAACAAUGAGCUGUCCAGCUAAAGAAUUAGAUUCUUACCUUUAUGAUUUGUGACCUUUGACAUUUGGAGGAGCUCAGAAACAUUCCCUUCAUAUAUAUCUUUGAAUGGAAAAGUGUGUGGAAUGGAAAGGGUCGCUUAACACAUAUUUAAGUAAACAGAUUGCACACAGGCUGAUAGCUAUUGCAGGCAUUGACAUGGCUAUUGUUGAUGAAAUGAUUUUAAUAAAAACAAGCCCCCUACCACACUAGUUGCUUGAAAUUUUAGAUAAUACACAACAUAUAACAGUCUGAAAUAUAUUGCUUCCAGAACCGCCAUCAUCAUUUCAUGAAAUAGAGACUUUUGGAAGGCUUUCAUAAUUUUGAUUAUACUUGUACUAGUUGGCUGAAAGGCUUAUGUUCUUGAUAGUGUAGUAUAGUCAAGAUGUUCUGGAGUGCUUCUACCUCAGAAGACAUUGCACUCUGUUCAUUGACUAUUACAAUGUCUUACUUAAAUUGAGAAAUAAUGUGGAUCUUUUAUUAUUGGACAAGACUUCAAUUUGACAGAUGUAUAGUGGUAAUACUGAAUACUGUAGUCUUUUUACUGUGAUGUACAUAUACUGGUAUGCUACACUUUGCACUAAAUCAACAUUCCCAAGAAUAUAAUGCAUCUCUGACAUUUUGAAAGUAGGAAAUACAACAUAAAUCAGUGCCUUUGAUCUUGCAGAAAAUCUUACUUAUCCCUCUUUAUACCCUUUUCCCUCUUUUUAAAAGCGCACCUGUAAUAUGUAAGGAGCCAAUUUUUGUGUGCAUGAACUUGUGUUUUAGUCUGGGUGCCAUAUGUUUCAAUGAAUGUCAUUAUUGUACUUGUUGAAUAAAUAUGAUGCUAAGAAUAAAAUACAUUUAAAGCUUGCAAAGGAAA